AUGGACUAUCGACGACUACAACAUUCGUAUCAGCCCCGACCCUCCCCGUUGGGGGUUUCAGAGCGACCCGAUCAAUCUCGCACUUUCGCUACGCCUGAGUCUCGUCGCCCCGACGAUUCGCGCCCGCACGUUUCCCCGACAUCCACGUCGAAUGUGGCCUCGCCGUCCCAGAUCUACCCGGGGCAUGCCCGGUCCUCGCGCGCUUCGCAUACCUCGCAUACCUCGCAUACGGCACACCCCUCACACUCCCCCAAUUUGUUCCGGACCAAUACUCCCAGUGCAUACUUUCAGUCCGGACCGAGGCCGACACAUCGUCGAGAUGGUAGUUUAGAGAGUCGGCACCAUGGCCAAUCUCAUCGGAGGAAUAAUUCGCAACCUCAAUCUCGUGAAGGUAGGCCAUUCCCAUUCCCCAGGUCGCGUGGCUCCCCAGAUUCAGGAGGGAACCAAGAAACCAAGGAUCGGACAUCUCACGAACAAUCCACGGCUUUUGGCAGUCGCCAAAUGCCCCCUCCCUCCCCUCCUCACUCUUAUCCCUCACGAGCUCAGUCUGCCAACGCGCCUGCUUCCCUCAUGUCGCGCGAUGUUCCAACCAGUCAGGCACACAGGCCGGGCAGCAGCAUGUCGAUUUCCGCCAUGCUAGGUUCGGACCCGGACCGCUCUGCACGAGAUCCGACGCGAGAAUCAGCACCGUUCUUUUCGCGACCGUCUGCAUCCCUGUUUGGAAACCCACCCCCGUCAUCAUCAUCUGCCGCCAUGUCACCGCCGACGGCCCCUGCGCGACCAUCGCCGCUCGAGAACAACUUCUUCCGUCGCUCCCAAACACCGGAGAAGUCUUUCUCCAAACCUCAAACAAACCGCACUUACCGAUCAGGGUCUGGUGGUUCAAGCCUGGGGGCAGAUCAUACCUUCGGUGGCUUGGCGCGCUCCUCGCUCUCUCAGUAUCCUGAGAAGCCACACUCCACCCAUCCUUCGCCUAGAAUCUCGUCGGCAGACGUCUCGUACACGGAGCCUCGUGAGCCUCGUCGCAUGAGCCUCAGCGGCCCGAUCGCUCGACCCAGUAGUCAACCGCCCAACGCCGAAACUCCUACCCGAGCGCCCGGUUACAGCCCGAUCUCCCAACAAGGAGGUUCCGCCGAUCGGGCCUUGGAGUCCGGCUCUCGGCCUGCUUCUGGGUCGUAUGGGGGUAAUGACUCGCAACACGGUCGGUAUAGUGGGUUUGGCGAUCGGCGCAUGGACGAUGCUAUACAGCGUGAGCGAGAACGUGCAGCGGCUCUUGGAGAUCCAAAGCUGUCGCAGGCUGGGUAUCGCUAUGGCUCUCACUAUGCCGAGCGUGACCCUCGAGACCGGGACUCGGGUUUGACAUGGGACCAUCACUCUCAUCCUCCGUCGCCGGAGAGUAAGCGUUUCCCUGCUCCAGACCAUGGGUCAGCUUUCGGCUUUGGGGCUAUACAGAGCUACACCAAGUCCCUGGGCUCGCAACCCGGCAACAGACAAUCACAAAUUUCUCUACAGUCUGGGAACAGCCAACCCACUCCUCCGCCUCACGAUGCUUAUUCCAGACAUCAACCCCAGCCUCCUCGCAUGGGGUCCACGCCUGCUUUGGCGGUCUCGACAGCGGUCGCCUCCUCUGGCCUUGCGGCUCUGGCGGAUGAGGGACGCCGCAAGGGAAGUGAGGAGCUUUUGCAUCAUCGCAGUUUGCUGGCUGUCAGUGCAGACGGCAAGCGCGGUGGUCGUGCCUCUCCGCUGCCGCAAGCCGUACAGGGCGCUCAGGCUCCUUUCGCCGGUCCUUCUGGGGAUUCAUCUAUCAAGAAUGAUCUUGGUCGCGUCUUCUCCGGCAUUGGAAGCGGUGUGGGUGGUGUGACAGCUUCUGCUGGUGGAAGCGGGCCAUCCACACCCUUGGGCUCCAGUCCAUUCAAGCGUGAUAGCCUGACGGGUCGCUCUACUAAUGGCGAGGCCAUUGAUGAAGCAGCCAGACUUGCUCGGCCUCCCUCUGCCUCCGGUAGGCGGUCCAGGAGGCCGCGUGACGAGGAGCAGAUGGAACUUGAGGCCAACGAUCCUCGUGGCGUACUUUCAGCCCGCAACGCGCGUCGGUCUCGACAUGCUCAUCACCACCAUCACCAUCAUCAUCAUCACCGCCACAAGGCAGAUGAGGAAGCAGCUACUCUGACCUCCCUCCAUCGGCCUACGAACUUCUUUCACCGAACAUCCCCCGCGGAUCCAUCCGCUCACCACCACCAUUCUCAUCAUCAUCACCAUCAUCACCAUGUCCCUAGACAGGCCAUUCCAGCUGCCUCUCCUAUUCGUGAGCCUCGCACGACCGUAAAUCUUGAGCCCUUGCUUUCUAGCGUGGCUCACCUCCCCCGUCAUCAUUUGGGUUCAACCCUCUACACCCCUCGUGUCGGUGCACCCGCUGCUAGAUCCUCUACAGAAAGCUCGAAGUUUGGAUACACCACGACCCCCCAGCCUCUUCCUCGCUUCGAGAAACGUGAGAAUUGCACUUUCACCGUUCGGGUUCCCCGAUUCCGCAUCGACCAGUCUCACCGCGAAGAGAUCUGUGCUCGACGAGCCCUCUGGGGCACUGGUGUCUACACCGAUGACUCUGAUCCUGUUGCCGCUGCCAUUCACUCGGGCUUUAUCCGUGGUGCCUGGGGCGAAGAUGUGGACGAGUCCAUGCUUGAUCUCGAGAUCAAGGAUAGCUACCAGCACGCACCGCAAGCACCUGUCGAGGCGGACGGCAAGGGCAAGUCCCCCAAGGAGCCUCGCCUCCCGCCCUCACCUCCUGCAGAUAAAGAUCUGCACAUUACUCUCCUCGUUCUCCCCCGUGUCGCCCAGUACGACUCCACCAUUCUGUUCGGCAUCAAGUCUCGCAAAUACACCGGGCGUCACGACGGCAUGAGCUUCAAGGUCCAUGCCGUCGACUGGGUCGACGAGGGUGUUGGACGUGGCGAAGAACGUAGCGGUGAGGCCCGUCGCAAGCGUCUCCGCACUCUCAUGCAGUCUGGUCGCAUCUGCACUGGACCUGCGAUGGCCAAGAUGGACGAGCUUCGCCACAGCGGAGUGCAAGUCCCUCGCACUCUUGAUGGGCAGGACCAGCCAGCGGCUGUUCAGCCCGUGUCGUAA